AUGGGGGAUGUCUGUGGUACUGAUGUACAGGAUUUGUAUCUAGAAGACUCGGAGAAUCAACAAGAUUAUACGCUGUGUUCGAAAAUGGGUACAAUCUGCAAGAAAAAUGGCUGUAGCUGUCGAAAAACUGCCAAAGGAAAAGUGAAUGGUGCUACAAAGUAUUUUAGUGUUUGUGUUGUGGUUCCAAAGGAUGGAGAAUGUGUUUCAAGUGGAGAAGAUCAUGUCAGUUGUGCAGUAGGGGGUACAACUUCUGGUUCCACGACGACUUCCAGGUCCAAGAAAUUACCAAACGAGUUGAACGACGAGAGCAAGAAGAACGAUGGCAGCAAAAUUGAUCCGGACAAGAUCACAAAAGACCAGCAGAACACUGGUAUGAAGGACCAGUCAACUGAUAUUACUAAGGACAACACGCAGGACAACACGCAGGACAACACGCAGGACAGCACCUCAACAAUGAAUAAUGCUAUGGUAGAGAGUAUCAAACAAUUGGGCACCGAUACUGAUUCCAGUGGAAAUCCUCCUUCAGAUGCAAAGACAGUGUCAAACACCUCCACGUCGUCUAGCUCUAUGGAUUCAAAAGUCAUGAUAGCGAUCAUUGUGAUUGUAGUCGUGUUCGUGACGCUCGUGACAUGGGUCAUACGCUCAUACUGUUUGCGACGGUCGAAAGCCAAGAGCAAAACCUCUGCUAGACGAAACCGGAGCAUUCACAACACCAAUUUUCAAACAGCGUCCCCGAGCAAUCAGACAGGCAGGUCUUCCAAUGCGCCAGCGUUCCCGGCGUUCGAUAGACACCCACGAGAACGACAGACGCCAACCACAGGCGAACAUGGAUGGGAGAACCAAGGCCCGCAGCGUGGACGAGCUACUCCACGUGGUUACGAACCAAAGUCUGGACGUAGUCAAGAAUUAACUUCCGGACGUGGCGGACGAAAUCCUGCCAUAGACUUUGUGCCAAAACGAGCCCACCCUCCAUACAGGGAUGGACCACGCCGUGAACCGGUUUCCGGUCGAGGACGGAAAACGCCCAAUAUUGACGCACAGCUUGCGCGGAAUGGACCACGAGAUUGUAAUAAAGCUGGCGUGGAGUAUGAAUCGAAGUCUGGAAGAGGCAGGCGAGACAAUUACGGUAUGUACAAUAAUGAGGCGGCGGUGCGAACUCCGUCGCGGGAACCGCGGCCAAAACAAAUUGCUUCUUCAAGGCCUGUCAGAGCACCUAUAAACAACACGGUAAGGUCCUCUGGCGGUACUGUGUACACUGGCCAUAACACGUACGAUCGAGUUGCGCAGUUUGCCCAGCUAGCAGCAUUUGAGGCACCACCACCUCCGCCUCCUAGACCCCAAAGACCGAUUCAGUCGGUAGUUGUCUCAGAGGCAGUUUCGAAACGUGCUAGAGCCCCAGCGCAGAAUGCGAGGCCACCACCUCCUGCGCCUCCUGCGCCUCCUGCACCUCCUGCACCUUCCGUGUCAAAGCAUCCAGGCUUCUACAUUGAUGAAACCCCUGCGGCAAUGGAAUAUGACAUUCUGUCCCCGAAGACUGCGAGGUCGCUGGCACCGUCAAUUGCGUCGUCGGCAGCAACGGUGGUGGCUGGACGUAAUCGACCAACUCCACUUCCGCAGAAGCGACGACAGCAGCAUUCGACUGCCAUUGAUUCUUACUAUGAAUCAAGCUAUAGUAACGUUGACAACAAGCACGGCGGCGAGAGGAGAUACAAUGAAAGAGCCUCUGGAAACAAACUCAAAGCAUCUGGUAACUAUAACGAGUCAUUCUUGAGCGAGGCCAGCUCCAUGGCAUGGUCGGCAGCUUCAGGUCUAAGCGACAACAGCUAUUAUCAUGUGCCGCCCAGCAACAGAGCUCGCAUUCCCGUGAUUGAGGCACCCCGUGACGACGACGACGAAAGUGAGGACGCGUAUUCUGACUGGGGCCAAUCUACGCAGCAGUCCGGGUAUGAUAUCCGAAGCACUGCAGCAUCAUUUUCAGCAGCAGACGCAUCGUUUUUCUCCGUGAAGUCCGAUUACAGGGACUCGGACAGUACGUUUAAGGAGCGCGAGUUUUGA